AUGGGGUAAUCUUAAUCUGCCUAGCAAUAAUAGUAGUAGUAGCGAGAACAACCAUCUUAACCAUAACUUAGCUCAGAAGAGAGAGCGUUAAAAUAUUGGGCUAGUAAGUAGAAGGAAGCUGAGAAAAAUAUACAAUCUAAUGUAAAUGAGGAGGAAUCGAUGAAUCAAAAGGAAACAUCCUCUUAAUAAUAAGUUUAACAAUAGCAACACCAAUACUAGAAAGUGAAUGAAAUCGAGGAGAAAGAGGAAUUAAUUAAUCACGAUUAAAGUAGUUCUUAGCAAUUCAUUAAAUAAGAAAUAAUAUAAUAAUAGGUGUAGGAUGAAUAAAUUGAAUAAUAUUUCGAAAAUCAAGUGAAAGAGCCUUAAAAUGAAAUGAUUCAAUUAACUCCUGAAGAAGUGGAGCAUGUCUGGCUUUCGAAAAUAUUUAAAAUUGACUCAAAUAAUCAGGUUAUGAAUGACAGAAUGGUUGACUUUAUUCCUAAAGAUAAACGCAUCACUGUACAAUAUUUGAUUGACGAAUUAUGCUAUUCAUUUUUGACAUGCGCCUAAUUUAAAGAGCAAGAGAAGUUUGAGUAUAUAAUGGAAGUUCUCACCAAUAUUACAGAUGUUUCAAUUUCAGAUCAUUCAGAUCAAGUCAAUUUAGUUUGGGCUGGGAAUAUUGAGAAAACCAAGUAUUUCGAGAUUCUCAAUUAUGUGUAAGGACAAUUAAUAACUUGCAUUCUCUAUCCAGAAGGGUUGGAAUGGGAGAAGUUUGACGAGGAUUCAAAUAGAAUGGAUGAUAAAAGAAAUUUGAGAGCAACUAAUUUUUAUGAUAGAAUAUUCAAUUCAAACCAAUUAUUGUUUUGCUAAUAGGUUGUGAGCAAUUUACUAGAGUAUUUGAAUUCAAAAGUCAGUGCUGAUGAUGUUCAAAAAUUUAUGGAUCUGAUGUUUAAGAGAGAGCUAGAACUUAAUGCGAAUUGGACUCUGGAUUCAUUGGAUUAGCCAUAAAAGACCUUGAAGUUAUUAUUAAUAAUAGCAGAAUAUCCAAACGUCAUCGAAGUCAUUUUAUUGAACAGUUGGGCCUUUGGAAAAUUCAAGUUAAUUUAAAUUGGUAAGCAAUUCUAAAAUUACAGUAUUAUUGGGAAAAUCCUAAGUGGAAGUUGUUUCUACACUGAUUCUAUGAUAGUCAAUAAGUUUACUGGAGAUUACAGUUCAAUGACAAUAUUGAGAGAUAGGUACAGAACAAGGAUAUUCAAUUUAAAUGAUGAUGUUUGCAAUCUAUUCACUAGGAUAUUGAAACACAAAUCAAAUGUACUUAAGAUGAAUUUUUACAAUUUCAUAUCAACUAUCAUUACUCUGAAUCUCAACUUAGAGAAGUAAUUCAAUCAGGGAUUGCAAUAACAAUGUAGCUCUCCUGGAAUGGUGUUUAAUUUACAUUAUGUUUUACUUAAAAUGUUUAAUCCCUGGAUUGAUACCCAAGACAAAAUAAAUUCGAGAAUCAAAAACAUCUAAACCUAAAUGAUCAUUGUUCUAAAGGAGCAUCCCCUAUUUUCCACCCUCUACUAGAAUAUUGAUUUACUUGCCCCAGACUUGACACCACUCCAAGAACUUUAAGAACUUGAGACUAGAAUGGAUCCCAUGACUAUAAUGUUUUUGCUCAGUUAAAGAAUCAAUCACAUUGUAGCCACUAACAUCGAUUAAUUUUAUUACAAUAGAGUCUUAAGCAAAUUGAGAGACAUUGCCCAAUAGUAUGGUCAAGAGUCUCCUUAAUUUAGAGAUAUCUUGAAAUUAAAAAUGUCAUUUGAUGCUUAAAUCUUGCAUCCCAAGACUAUUACAAAUACAAUGCAAUUCCUAAGUUUUUCAAGCCAAUUGGCACUGAGCAUGGUGGAUGAAAAUGAUAAGCCAAAAUAUCCUUAUGGUUUAUUACCGUCUAGUUUUGUUUAUGAUACUCACUCAUUCUUUGUCGUGUACAAUUAUAAUGAUGAAAUCCUUAAGCAUUCAAAUGAAUUAGGGAAAUGUUGUGAAUUUGCCAUUUUUGCUAUGAAUACUAGAAAUAUGACCAAUCCCCAUCUAAGAAUAAAAGGCAUUGAACUGUUCCAUAUUUUCGACCAAGGCAGAAUGAACAGAAGAGGAAUAGUGCAACCUCAAUCUUAUGAUUUUAUUUUUAGGUACAAUGAGAUCAUUGAAAAACACAUGAUUGGUGGAAUAUUAAAGGUAUUCAUUGAUUGUGAAAGAACAGGUGAGGGUAAUUAGUUCUAUGAGAAGUUUAACUUCAGAUACCAAUUUUGUAAGUUGAUUAGAUUUCUACUCGAGAAACACAGGGAUAGGUAUAAUUCAUUGUUAACUUAAACUGUUGAAAAAGAAAAGGAAAUGUUUUUGGCCUUUGCCAAUUACUAUUUAAAUGAUAUGAUUUUCUUAUUGGAUGAGUGUCUAACAAGAAUGAAGAGAAUGAAAAAUUUAGAAUCAAAUUAACAAGAGUUUAUGGAUAAUAAAUAAGAAUACUUAAAAAUCUAAUAAGAAUUAAAAACCUACACUAUUUUCUUAUAGGAAUACUACAAAAACAUUUAAGUUUUCAGUGAAGUCCAACCUGAGGCAUUUUUGACUGAUGAAAUUAGAGACAAAUUAGCUAACAAUCUAAAUUACACCUUGGAGCAAUUGAAUGGUAAAUAGGCUAUUCAAUAUAAAAUCCAAUCUUUAGAAUCCGUCAAUUUUGAUCCAAAAUUAAUUAUGGGAAAUGUCAUAGAAUUGUAUAUCAAUUUCAGUCAAAAUGAGAAAUUUUUGAUGCAAGUUGUUAAGGAUGACAGGUGCUUUUCUAUUGAAUUGUUCCAAGUGACCAUCAAUUUAUUAGACAAACACCAUAUAAUACCAUAUGAACGAAUUUAAUAGUUUAGAGACUUGAUUUUUAAGCUCUAAGAAUAUGAAGAGAAAUAAAAGAUCAUCAAUUAAUUGCCUGAUGAUGUCCCUGAUGAGUUUUUAGAUCCUCUUUGCUAUUCCUUAAUGACUGAUCCAGUUAAAUUGCCACAUUCCAAUGUAGUCCUUGAUAGGUUAACAAUAAAGAAAUAGUUAUUAAAUCAAUAGGUAGACCCAUUCGAUAGAACUCCGUUAACAAUUGAGAUGGUUAUAGAGUAACCUGAACUAAAAUAGAGAAUCGCAAAGUUUAUUGAAAAUUUGGAGAAGAAGAAGAACAAAUAAUAAAUAAAGAUUGUACAAGAAGAAAGUUGAAAGUAAUAAUAAUAUUAAAUUAAUUUUAUCCAAAAUAUCAAA